AUUUGGUUAGUUUUAUUAAUAAAGGACAUAAUAUAAACAUUGUGUUCAGUCUUCGUCGAAGCGUUAUCAUAGUCGUUGGCGAUGUGUUUUUGAACCAUAAUGGCUCUGAAAUUAAUUUGUGUGGCCACUCUUGCUACUGCGAUACCAUUGACAGCGUUUAAUCAUAGUGACGGAAAAAGAGAAUCUGACUUUGACAAGAUAUGGGAGACAACAAUGAAACAAGAAGAAUUUGACGGCAUGCCACUACCCGAGAGUUCGGAUCUACCGACUGUCACUCAAAUUACACCGGCAAUUGUGAAAAUCGGACAACGUUACGGUGUUCCGUACGCACAAUUUUUGGGAAAGAAGAAACCCCAUCACAGUCCUGGGAAAAAAGACGAUUUCAUGGAGCACAUGGUGGGCGCUUCUCUGAUGUCGGGCGGCACGUUGUUGUCUUUGGGUGCAUUGGCUCUGGUCGUGAUGGCCAGCAAAGCGCUGCUGUUCGCGUUUGGCGCCAUCGUGUUGACGUGCAUGAACUCGGGCUGGUCGACCGGAUGGCACAAGCCCUGGGAAAAGUCGAGCACCGUCUACGAAGUGGUCGCUAAACCACAGAUCACACACGGUCACACCUAUUCUGCGGAAGUGCACCACGACCCUUACUCAGCAGCACACCCCCAGCAGCAGCAGCAGUCAUCUGGCGGUGGAGAAUACUACGCCGGAUAUCCGGUGCAGCCACAUUGAUGGGCGUCGGAGACGCGGCUUCUAUUCAGCUGCUAUACGUCACAAUAUUUAUUGUUUUAUUAUUUAUUAUUAUUAUUAGCAUCACUAUAAUACUACAAUUACGAGUGUAAUUAUUGUUAUCGUUGUUAUUGAAUCGAUUGUCCUUCCCAAGAAAAUAUAAUAUAUAUGGAUCUUUGACGAGUCUUGUAUUGAAUUGGGAUUUGGUGGACCAAUGUAAUA